AUGACCAUAAAAUCGCAGUAUCUAUUUAUCGUCAUUGCUAUUUUGUGGGCCAUUGCACUUUAUAAUUAUGGAGAUUCACCCGACUCAAAGGAGUUGUAUAUUUUCCGAAUAGUCAAAUUGACCAAUAUUUUUGGUGCAUUGUACUCGGUUUCUGUUGUCGACGGCUACCAAGGAGGAAAAUCACGUAAAUUUGUAGAUUUUCUGCACUUUACUGUCAUGUUUCCAGUUGCAGCGAUAUCAUUCGUAUUGUUUUGGGCGUUAUUUGUAUUUGAUAGAACUCUUGUCAUACCGCAGGCAAAACUUCAUGUUUUCCGUUGGUUGCUAUGCCAUUUCCAUGAUACUUACCCGCUUCUGUAUGCUUUACUUGACAGUUACUUUCACAAACGAAAAGUUCCGGAUCACUUGGCAGGUUUAGUAAUUUCAGCCACAUUGGUAUUCAUUUAUUUCAUGACAGCACGUUGCGUGAAAUUUGUCGACAGUGGAAGAAUAUAUCCAAUUUUUCAAACUUUAUCGGUCCCACAGUUUGCAUUGAUAGCGUUUGCCACAUAUUUUCUCACGUUCAAAGCUGCGGUGUUUAUUAAUCAAUUUUUCCAUAAAUUCUAUAGGCUGAAAAGUUUGAAGUACGAUGUUUCCUCAAUUCAGAAGACCAAGAAAAAAAGAAGGCAUGAUUAA